UGGCUUUGUACUCGAACAAUGGUCUUCUCGAACUUGGGUCCGCAUGAGAAGGACGCGUUCUUCACCCUGCUAGAUGAAUACUUCGCAUCUCGUCCAGAUGUCUUCGGCGGCCAGCAGGGCGCGUCAGCCACACAAGCCGCGACGCGCGCGAUGCAUGCAGCGCCGGGCGUGAUAUCUGCUGGCGUUGGGAAGGCUACAACGUUUGGAAAGGGUGUUUCUGCGUAUGCGCAAUCGCACGCGAGCCAGUCGAGCCACCCAGCCCACGCAGAGGGGAACGACCACCAUGAGGAACCGACGGCGAGCGUGUCCAGCCGCAUCAAGGCCUUUUCUUCAUCGCACCACUCUCCGACGCCGUCGCACGAUGCGGGGCAUGGGGGUGCCGGAUCGCGGGGGAGCUUGAGCCAGGUGAAGAAAUUCGGCGACGUCGACAUGUCGUCCGCGGGGAAGAUGCUGGGCUCCCUCCGUCAUUCCAACACAGCGAAGCAGGAGACGUUCACGCCGCCGAGGACCGCACCUGCAUUCACGCCGAAGCCGAACAAGUACGGCCCACCGCCAGUGCGGCACAUUGAGCCUGAACCCGAACCUGAGCCGGAACCUGAGCCCGAGGCGCAGGGUGAGUGGGUGGAGAUACUGUACGACUAUUCGUCUAGUGAACCGGGAGACCUGCAAUGUCAGGAAGGUCAGCGAGUAUUGUUGGUCGAAAGAACGUCGGACGACUGGUGGACCGGAGAGUUCAAUGGAAAGCGCGGUUUGUUCCCUGCAUCUUAUUGCAAGGUCCUGUAGAUUCCUGUAUCAUGUAUCAUAUGAACAACGGACUUUGCUACCACUGCA